AUGGAUGAACAAAACUGCAGUAUUCAUAGAAAAGAACAAAUAGAAAAACAAAUUCACGUACGGUUUUCCUCAGUUGGUAUUGAUCGAACGGAAACCACAACUUUAAUUGUAAAAAAUUUACCAGAUUAUUCUGAACCUGAUUUACUUGAAUUUCUUAAACAUUACGGACCACAGAAUAUUCGCCUUGGAAAAUCACCACAAUUGAAAAAUUCGGCAUUUCUUGAUUUUCCAGAUCGUUUGUCAGCAACUAAUGCAUUUUAUAAAAUUCAAGAAUUAGGAGAUAUUUGUGGUAAAAGGAUCCGUGUAGAAUAUGCCUUACCUAUGAAUUAUCCAUCAAAUCCAACACUUCAUUAUCGAUAUCCACCUCCAACAGUAGAAACUCUUCAAAAUAUUAUGAAUGCAAUAACAGCUGUACCAAAAUUAUAUACACAAGUAUUACAUUUAAUGAAUAAAAUGAAUUUACCACCUCCUUUUGGUCCAGUAGUACCAGAAUCAAUUCCAUCUUUAGUAAAUUUAAAACAACAAAAACGUAAUUCAAGGAAAAAAAUUAAAACGACAUCUUCAAAUGUACCAUUAUUAGUACAACCAUUAAAUACAUCACAACCAUCACUUUUGAAUGCAACAACAAAUGUUAUGUCAUCAACACCCACCCAAUUUUAUGACAUGUCUAUUAAUGUUGGAAUUAAUACUGGAAUUAAUACUGGAAAUGUUGCUGGAAUUGAUACCACUUCAUCAUCAUCAAAUCAUUUAACAAUUAAACAAUUAUCCAAGUCAACUAAUAAUUGUAUAACUAUUGAAGAAAUUAAUAAAAAUAAAAUGCCUAUUGAAGGUAGAAUGAGAGGACAAGCUUUUAUAAAGUUUCCUACUGAAGAGCAGGCAACUCAGGCUUUGAAUGAAUUACAUGGUUAUUUAUUACAUGAUAAACCAAUGGUUAUACACUUUAGUAGUAAAGUUCAAAGCAAAGGAUAA